AUGUACAAAUACUUCACAAUCGCAGCCCUAGUGCUGGCUUAUAGUGCUGGAAAUGCCUCGGCAUUUUCGUGUUUCACAUGCACUACUUUUAACAGCACCAACUGCCUGGUUCCCGAUCUGAGGAACUUAGUGACGGAUUGUGGAAAUCCUUCAGACAUUGGAGAAGCGACGUGCUUUACUCGCGUCCUUGGGCGAGACGUAGAGCGUGGAUGCAUUACAUCACUGACGCAGGAAGAACGCGACAAUUGUAAUCUCGUGAACAACUGCCAGCUGUGCGCAAACACCAACGACACAAUCUGCAAUGACAAUAUUUUUCCGCACGGUCGAAUGCGCUGCCACCAAUGCGAGGGAACCACAAACAGUACCUGUUCGGAGGAGAUCAUGACGGAACCCUCGCCUUGCUUGCACUUUGUGGUCGACGACCAGUGUUUUGUGCAGGUUGAAGAAAAUAGUGUAGUGCGCGGAUGCUUGUCCCAAAACGAGGGUUGCCGGAACAGCACCACAUGCCAUGUGUGUGCUGGAAUUGGGUGCAAUUCGCGCCACUUUGAGUAUAACACUGCUGCAAGUUUGGUCGCUCAUAUUCAGACGCUGAUUGGUGCUAUUAUGUUGAGUGUCCUUGUAGCUAAUAAGUUCUAGGCCUAGAAGUGGUUGAACUUUUUAGAACGCAUUUAUUUCAAAAGGUUGUAGCUUACUUCUUCG